AUGUGCCUGCGCGAUGUAUAUAAAACGGCUAUUUGGAAACGAACACGGAAAAUGAUGUUUUCCAAACCGCUUUUCACCGAACGGGUAGAGAACGUAGAAUCAAAAUUUAGAGGGGUCCCUCGGUUAACUUGGGCUAGAAAUAGAAAAAUACGAAUUAAAUUAUACGAUGAUUUCGAUCUACGGGAUAUGUGGCUGUGCGAUGUACUUAAGACGGCUAUUUGGAAACGAAAACCGAAAAUCAUGUUGUCCAAACCGUUUUUAAUCAACCUUAUAAUCAACGAAGGUUCAAAAAUUGUAUAUUUUAGAAGAGCCACUCAAUGGACAUGGUAA